AUGCACCCCAAUGAAAAUGAUAUCACCUGGGAGGAAUUUAAAGAAGGUUUUCGUGGGGCGCACAUUCCCAGAAGUAUUAUGAAGCUCAAGAAGAGGGAGUUUGAUGACCUCAAGCAGAGGACCAUGACAGUGACUGAGCACAACAGUCAGUUUACUCUACUGUCUCGCUACGCCAACGAAGAGCAUACGACUGAAAACAAGAAGAUGGAGAAAUUCCUGGACGUUUUCUUGAACGGCCGCUCCGACCUGGCGUUCGCCCACAGCGGCGCCCACGUGCGCGCCAUGCGCAAGCUCUGCGCCACGAACCUCUUCAGCCGGCGCCGCGCCGAGACGUGGCUCGCCGUGCGCGACGGGUACAGGGCGCUGGCCCGCGACGUUGGCAGGCGCAGCGGCCAGGCCGUGAACCUAGGCGAGCUCAUCUUCAAGCACACCGUCGGCGUCAUCUUCCGCGCUGCCUUCAGCGCCGGCGACGAAGAACUGGACGAGUUCAUCGUCAUCCUCCGGGUGUUCUCCAAGGUCUUAGGCGAGUUCCACGUCGGCGACUACUUCCCGUGGCUCCGCUGGACGGCCCGGCUGGGCUUCAACCGCCGCCUCCACGCAGCGCGCAGCGCCCUCGACAAGUUUACCGACAAGAUAAUUGAUGACCACGUGAGGAGAGGGAAGAACCCCGCCGAUGCUGACGCCGACUUGGUAGAUGGCCUGCUCGCUUUCCUCGCCGAGGCGAACCUAUCCAAAGGGAAGGACAGCGAGAACGCCCUCCCCUUCACCCGCGACAACGUCAAGGCCAUGAUCAUGGACUCACCGUUUGGCGGGCCGGAAACGGUGAGUUCAAUAAUUGAGUGGGCAAUGGCGGAAAUGAUGCGUAGCCCUGAUACCUUCGCACGGCUUCAGCAGGAGCUGGCUGACGUGGUGGGGCUCGAUCGCAUGGUGGAUGACUCAGACCUCGACAAGCUCCCCUUCCUGGGAUGCAUCGUCAAAGAGACAUUCCGCAUGCAUCCGCCCAUCCCGACGCUCCUCUACGAGGCUGCCAAAGACUGUGAACUCGGCAUCAACUCGGUUCCCAGAGGCUCACAAAUCAUAAUCAAUGUGUGGGCAAUCAAUCGCCACCGCGAGGCCUGGAAGGACGGCGACACCUUCCGGCCGAUGCGGUUCAUGCCAGGUGAGGGGGACGUUGCCGGGCGGGACCUCAAGGGUGUCUCCUUCGAGUUCCUGCCAUUCGGGUCUGGACGACGCUCGUGCCCGGCGCAGGGACUCGGUCACCACGCGGUGCAAUUGGCCAUCGCGUACCUCGCACACGGGUUCAGCUGGAAGCUACCCGACGGCAUGAGUCCAAUAGAGCUUGACAUGGGCGACAUAGCCGGCAUGACUGGGCCACGUGCCGUGCGCUUCUACGCCGUGCCCACCUCCCGACUCAACUGCUCAUUUUAAAUUGUGGCGUCGCCGUUUGAUCAGACGUACCAUCGGUACCUGGUAACUAUUGCGAGUUUUU